UUGAAUCCGACAGAAACGGUUACGCGCACGGUCGGAGUGCGAGGACUGUGCAGUCACAUAUUCCUUUAUAAAACAAAUAAACAAGCGAAAAGCCUUGUCUUGGGGUGAAGAUGAGGAAGAGUGAGGUGAUUGCUGCAGAAUCAGUGGCAUGUCUGAAUAAAGCUCUCUGCCAUCUGAAGGACAUCUGGGAGGAAAUUGGCAUCCCUGAGGACCAGCGAUUAGAAAGAACAAAUGUGGUUAAGAAUCAUGUCAAAAGUCUUCUGGACAUGAUGAUUGUGGAGGAAGAGAGUCUGCGGAAACGUCUGAUGACAAGUAUUGAGAAAUGUCAAAAAGAGUUGAGUAACUUGUGCUUGGAACUGCAGCUCCCCCCAUUUCAGGAGGACAGAAGUAGCACAAUGCUACAACAGGAAAAAGACCUCCGGAUGCAUGUUGAAGUGAUGUUAAAGGAGAAAAAUCAGAGAAUGCAAGCGCUCAAAGCCUUAACCGAGCAGGAUCAGGAUCUCUGUGACCUGCUCUGCUUGCAGCCGUUUUCUAUCUCUGCUGGUUCUGUUCCUUCCCUGGAACAGCUGGAGAAAUUCCAUCAACACAUCUCCUCUCUCACUGCUGAGAAAGAACGAAGACACAACGAAUUUGUCACAUUGAAGAAGCAAAUAAUAUUUUGCAUGGAUGAUCUGGAUCAGUUGCCUGAGACUAGUUUUGAAAAGGAUGUCGUUUGUGAAGAUGAAGAGAGUUUUUGCUUGUCUAAAGAAAACAUUGAUUCACUCAAAGUCCUCCUUCACCAGUUGGAGACCAGAAAGACAGAGAAUGAACGUGUCUGUGGCUCUUAUCGGGAGAAGAUCCAUGAACUAUGGGAACGGUUGCAGAUUCCACAGGAUGAGCGUGAUGCAGUUUGUGAACACAUGACCCUGUCAAAGAAAAGAAAUAUGCAAGCUUUACAAGCUGAGGUCAAACGUCUUGAAGAACUGAAGCUUAAAAAUAUUCAAAAUGUUACUGAGGCCAUUCGGAAUGAGAUUGCCGUGUUCUGGGAUAAGUGCUUUUAUAGCUCUGACCAACGGCAAGCUUUUGGGCCCUUUUAUGAUGAUGAUUUAAGCGAGGAACUCCUAAGCUUACAUGAUGCAGAAAUAGUGCGGCUUAAACAGUACUAUGAGGAUCAUAAAGAUCUUUUUGAAGGUGUUCACAAAUGGGAGGAAAGCUGGAGACUUUUCUUAGAGCUUGAACUUGAGAAGAAGCUGAAGGCUGAGAUUGAACAGUGGGAACAUGAACAGAACAGAGAGUUUCAGGUGAAUGGUCAAAAGUUCACGCAGUUUGUUACUGAUCAAUGGGAGUCGUACCGGCUGGAGAAGGAGCGGGAAAAACAGGAGCGGCAACUAAAGAAGAGCAAACAGACAGAGGUGGACAUGGUCUAUGGUACUGUGAUCCGGACACCAACUAAACGAAGAUUUCUGGGAAGCACAACACCUUGUAAAGCUCGAAAGCUAAACGCUACCUCCAGUACUGGCACUUCUAACAGCACUAUCCGAUCUGUCUUUGGUGGUACUGUCUGCCAUUCUCCUAUAUCGCGCCCUCCGAUUUCAGCAAUCAAGGGUAAUGUGAGGACUCCAGGCCACAGCAAACCUCCUCAUCAAGGUUUGCAAGAACGCAAUAAGGAGAAUAUCUGUCAUCUAACUGGUGGCGUGGCUGGGAUGACAAAGGUGCCAGCUAGUCCACAGCGUAACUUCAGCAUUAACUCUGUCGCAAGCACCUAUUCAGAAUUUCAGCGAGACCUCUCCAAGUCAUCUAAAUCAAAACAUGUACCUGAAAUCCUGAACUCAACCAUCAUUCAGCUUUAACUCUACUGCAUGCAACACUUUGCUAUUAGGACUGGAAUCUUUAGAUGAUGGCUUAUGGGCUCUUGUUCUUUAUAGCUAUAGCUAUGCAUUUUUAUAUGUAAAUGAAGGUAAUAUAUAUUUAAAUGUCUCUGAGGUAUUCUACAUGUAUGUUCACUUUAACACUAGGACAAGCACUGCAUUUUCAGUACUUGUAAUGUAACAAAUGCAUGUACAUUUUAAUGUUACAACUGUUCAGUUGUCCCUAACAAAUUAAGACUUUUUAAAAAAUAAAUAAAUUCUAGUUAUUUCUCAGUAUUGGUAAUUUUGUCAAAAUCACAAUGUAUUUUAUGGUAUGCUUUUGAAUGUUUUGCACAAUGUAAAAUACUUUAUUUCAUUCUUUAAAGUAUUGUACAAUUCACUACAUAAAAGUUCA